GCUCCAUUGUUCGCAAGCACAAGAAAUUUUGUGCAGAGAAAAAGAGUGUUCUUGUGAAUGGAUUUAUUCAGGAAAGCAAUUUUGCAUCCAGGCCCCCCUCAGGAUUUCGCUCUUCAGACUGUCCAACAAGCUAUCAAACCUCAGAAGCAAGUGAAACUUGUUCAAGAUGAAAAUCAGUUGUUGGAAAAUAUUCUGCGGACUUUGCUUCAGGAGCUCGUGUCAGCUGCUGUUCAGUCGGGCGAGGAAAUUAUGCAAUAUGGUCAACCGAUAGAUGAUGGAGAUAUUUGUCGUGGUCAAAUCCCCCGUCUUCUUGACAUUGUUUUGUACCUAUGUGAGAAAGAACACAUUGAAGGUGGCAUGAUUUUUCAGCUUUUGGAAGAUUUGAACGAAAUGUCGACAAUGAGAAACUGUAAAGAUGUUUUCGGGUAUAUAGAGAGUAAACAAGACAUUCUUGGCAAGCCAGAGCUUUUUGCCAGAGGGAAGCUUGUGAUGCUGAGGACAUGUAAUCAACUUCUUCGUCGUCUAUCAAAGGCAAAUGAUGUUGUGUUCUGCGGUCGGAUUAUAAUGUUUCUUGCUCAUUUUUUCCCGUUAUCAGAACGUUCUGCUGUGAAUAUCAAAGGAGUUUUCAAUACGUCAAAUGAGACAAAAUACGAGAAAGAAGCCCCAGAUGGUAGUUCUAUUGAUUUCAACUUUUACAAAACCAUUUGGAGUUUACAGGAAUUCUUUUCGAAUCCUGGUUCUCUUACUCCCGCUCUUACAAAGUGGCAAAAAUUUAGUUCCAGUUUGACGGUUGUGCUGAAUACAUUUGAGGCUCAGCCUUUGAGUGAUGAAGAGGGCAGUGCUAUUAAUCUUGAGGACGAGGGAUCAAACUUCAGUAUAAAGUAUCUCACUAGCAGUAAUCUAAUGGGUCUGGAGCUAAAGGAUCCCAGUUUUCGACGACAUGUUCUGGUUCAGUGCCUUAUUUUGUUUGAUUAUCUGAAGGCCCCUGGAAAAAAUGACAAGGACAUGCCAUCGGAUACAUUGAAGGAAGAGAUAAAAACUUGUGAAGAACGGGCCAAGAAGCUUCUAGAAAUGAUGCCUCCUAAAGGAAAAGAAUUUCUACGUAGCAUUGAGCAUAUUUUGGAGCGUGAAAGGAAUUGGGUUUGGUGGAAGCGCGAUGGUUGCCCUCCAUUUGAAAAGCAACCGAUAGAAAAAAAACUAGCACAAGAAACUGGCAGAAAACGUCGGCCUCGGUGGAGAAUGGGAAAUAAAGAACUGUCUCAGCUAUGGAAAUGGGCGGAUCAGAAUCCGAAUGCGUUAACGAAUCCUGAGCGUGUCGGUACUCCUGCAAUUAUGGAUUACUGGAAACCAUUGGCUGAAGAUAUGGAUGAAUCGGCGGGAAUAGAAGAGGAAUAUCAUCACAAAAACAAUCGAGUAUAUUGCUGGAAAGGUUUAAGGUUUUCAGCUCGUCAAGAUUUAGAGGGAUUUUCUAGAUUCACUGAACAUGGCAUCGAAGGUGUUGUUCCUUUGGAGAUUUUGCCGGCUGAGGUGCGCUCCAAAAAAUAUCAAGCCAAACAAGCUGAUCGUUCCAAGCGUGCCAAGAAGGAUGACUCAAGAGGUUCUCUGCAGCAAGUGGAAGAAUCUCAGAGUGUAACACCACCGGCAAACGAGAUUGACAUGGAUGGAAGUAGAAACGAGAAUGAAGGCUCAGGAGCUGGUGGUGAAAGUGAUGGUAUGAUAGCAUUAUCUGUGGAUGUAUCCCAAGGUGACACGUCUGCCACUCCAGACGAACAUCAAAAGCAGAGCUCUGACGGUGAUGCUGAUGGUGAUGGUUUAGAAGCAGGUCAAAUCGAAGCAGAGGUGGGAAUGAAUAAUACGAUUGCUGACGGAGAGAUGGAUGCUGAGGCCGAUUUAGAUGUUGUCGCUUGAAGAAUACGAUUGUUUCGUUUUUGUACACUAAUUACAAGCUACAACAAAAGCUAAAUGCAAUUGGAUAUUAGUUCAUCUGGAAUUUGGGACCGGGCAUUUUCUUCACUUUUUGGCGUUAUUAAAUUGUUUGUAGAUUUUUCUCCCGCCCUGAGGUGGUCUGAUCAUUUUUCAGUAAGAUUUCCGUAGAUGUCUUAUUUUCGUAGAUAUCUGUUAGUUGAAAUUUGACAAGAAUUUUGGGGGUUGUCUGCUGAGUU